AUGGCUCCGAUUCAUCACAUCAUCCUCCUCGUGUCACUUCUUUUUAUCUCCUCCGCCGCCUCCGCCGUUUCUCAGCCGGCGAAUUUGUUGAAACCCACACAAACCGUUCCUAAAAUCUCUGCGGCGGCUAAAGCAUUCACCGACGCGCACAACAAAGCCAGAGCCGUGGUCGGUGUUUCGCCGCUGGUUUGGAACCAGACGCUCGAAACGGCGGCUCGUUGGCUAGCUCGUUACCAGAGGGAAGAGAAGAAGUGUGAGUUCGCGAGUUUUAACCCUGGCAAAUACGGCGCGAACCAGCUCUGGGCUAAGGGUUUAGACGUGACGCCGUCUCUUGCGGUGGAGACUUGGGUCAAGGAAAAAACUUUCUACGACUACAAGUCGAACACGUGCGCACCGAACCACACGUGCGGGGUCUAUAAACAAGUCGUGUGGAGAGACUCGAAGGAGCUGGGCUGUGCUCAAGGCACGUGCAAGAACGAGUCAACGGUUUUGACCAUUUGUUUCUAUAAUCCUCCGGGUAAUGUAAUUGGCCAAAAGCCAUACUAG